CUCAUCAGUCAAGCUGUUACUUUGAAUAUGUCCGAAAUACAGCAAUUCUAUGCUGGACAAAAAAUCUUCAUUACCGGAGGGACCGGUUUUUUGGGAACAGUAUUAAUAGAAAAACUGCUCCAAAGCUGUCGAGACAUCGGAAAAAUCUACAUCUUAAUCCGCCCAAAGAAGGAAAAAAGUGUCGAGGAACGCCUGGAUGCGCUACUUGGUAACAGGGUUUUUGACUUACUGCGGAAAGAAUAUCCAGAAUUUUCCAAGAAGAUUGUUGGGAUCGAAGGUGAUACUGCUAAGAACGGGUUAGGACUUUCGCCAAAAGACUAUUCACGCCUCACCGACGAGGUUUCGGUGAUCUUUCACUUAGCUGCCUCUGUGCGUUUCACUGAGAAACUCGAGAGGGCUGUUGCAAUUAACGUGAACAGCGUGAAACACGUCAUCGACAUUGCAAGGGCGUGCAAGAACUUGAAGGCUGGUAUUCACGUGUCUACUGCGUUCAGCCAUUGCGUCCGGAAGUCUAUCAACGAAGAGCUGUACCCUCCACCAAUCAGCUACCAACAGGUCAACACGUUUGUUGAAAUGUGUGAAAGAAUGAAAUGGUCGGAGGACGUGAUGGAAUCAGUCACUAAAAAAAUAGUAGGAGAGUGGCCGAACACGUACACUUUCACCAAAGCUAUCGCCGAGGGUGUCGUUGCCGAGUUUGCUGAGGACUUACCGUUUGCAAUAUUCAGGCCGUCAAUCGUGACAAGUGCCUUCAAAAGCCCCAUUCCAGGAUAUGUUUCUGGCACAGCGGGUAUGGCAGGCUUGGUAUAUGCCUGUGGCAUAGGCAUCGUUCACGUCCUCCUGCAAGACACCAGUAAAAUAGCUGAUAUUGUCCCCGUGGAUUACGUUUGUAACGCACUAAUUUCUUUAGCUUGGAACACAGCAAUCACUGGAAAAGCAUGCUCAGAUGAUGUUCCAGUUUACAACUACACUUCUGGAAAUGAAAAUCCUAUGACUUGGGGAAAAUUCAAUGCUACGUGCAUUUAUUACAAAGAGACUUAUCCGUCAGUAAAAGCUGUUUAUCAUGCGUUUGCAUUGAACACGAAGUCAACAUUUUUGUUCGGCAUACUUAAUUUUCUAUUCCAUUUGCUCCCGGCAAUAAUGGUUGACCUCAUCGCGGUAUUGGUGGGUAAACGGCCAAAAAUGUACCAGCUUAUGAAGAACAUUCGUAAGGCAUUUUUCGCAAUGAAGUAUUUUGCGAUCCAAGAGUGGUAUUUCGGCAACCAGAAAAUUCAGCAGCUUUGGGGCCAGCUUGGGCCUGAAGACAAGAAAAUAUUCCCCUUCAGUAUGCGCACCCUCGAUUGGAAUGAUUACUUGUUGAACCUAGUUAGAGGUACUCGUCAGUUCAUCGCAAAGGAAUCUGAUGAAACCUUGGAAAGCGCGAGACGGUGGGGCUAUCGUCUUUACCUCAUCCAUAUCGCAGUCUGUCUAAUACUUGGCAUCUUGACUUUGUGGGUCAUCUGGAAGUCCUUUGGUGGAAUCGACGUCACCUCUGCAAUACCAAGUAUUCUUUCUGAAACGUUUUGAGUGAUUUUUACGGACCUGCAGAUUUAACUUGCCGCAAAUCGUCAACGCUGUUGUCGAUAUACGACGGUGAUGAUGAAAUUCCACAAUUGUAUAUUUUUAAUGCAAAUAAGUCCGUUGAUAUAUA